UCCGUGGGAUAGUCUGCUGGGUUUCGCCAGUUGCAAAGGGGAGGGGGGAAUUUUGCCAGCACGGCGUUGAAUUAGAAAUACAUUUGUCAAGCUGUGUGAUUUCUUGGCACUCUUUUUUUAAGGGGGGGGGGAGAAUAAAAGGAGGAGGGGGGGGAGGUUUUGUGUGUGUGUCUGUGCAUCAGGGAGCUCGUUUCAACCUGGGUCCUGCCUCGCCCGCUGGCUGAGCUCCCGGCGGUGUGUUUUCUGUGCUCUCUUUUGGAAUAACUGCAGUUCACCUCUGCAUUGGCCCACUGCAAGAUCCAGCCCAGCUCCGGAGGAGAAGUUCCCACUCUCCGGCCCCCUUCGCAAGAUCAGCAUCCACACGCCUCGCGUGAAUUUCCACCCCUGCAGCCGGCUGCCUUCUCAGGAGAGCGUGUCAGAUCUUUAAACUCUUAUCUGCUAACAGCUUGAAAUGGGUGGAGCGAUGAUGAACAUGAUGCUGCUGCUUUGGGUAUUUUCCCGCCUUGCUUUUACAGACGCAUUUAUCUCUGGGGACAGUGCAGAUGACCUCAAGGCUCUGAGGGUCUCCAUUGCCAAACACCCGCCAGUCCGGGCAGUGCUGGCAGGCACCCUCACCAUUCCGUGCCACGUCACCUACCUGCGUCCCCUGGCCACCUCUAGUACAGCGGGGCGCCGGGCGGUGUUGGGGGCGCCCCGGGUCAAAUGGACCUUCAUCUCUGAGGGGAAGGAGGCUGAGAUCCUGGUGGCCCGGGGGCAGAAGGUGAAGGUGAGCGAAGGCUACCGCUACCGCGUCUCCUUGCCCUUCUACCCGGCCACGCCCACUGACGCCACUUUGGUGAUGAGCGAGCUCCGGUCCAAUGACUCCGGGAUCUACCGCUGUAAUUUGCAGCACGGCAUCGAGGACGGGCAUGACCUGCUGGAGGUGAAGGUCAAAGGGGUGGUGUUCCUUUAUCGGGAGGGCUCCACGCGCUACGCCUUCACCUUUGCCAAGGCUCGGGAGGCCUGCGCCAGGAUAGGGGCACAGAUCGCCACCCCCGAACAGCUGUACGCCGCCUAUUUCAGUGGCUACGAGCAAUGCGACGCGGGCUGGAUCGCAGACCAGACGGUCAGGUACCCAAUCCACACCCCUCGUGAGGCCUGUUAUGGAGACAUGGAUGGAUUGCCAGGGGUCCGUAACUAUGGAGCAGUGGACCCAGAAGACAUGUACGAUGUAUACUGUUACGUUGAAGAUCUGCACGGAGAACUCGUUUUGGGGACCGCCCCAGACAAAUUCACCCUGGAGGAGGCCAAGGCUCACUGUCAGGAUCUGGGAGCGGAGAUAGCGACGCCGGGCCAGCUGUACGCGGCCUGGAACGAAGGGCUGGACCACUGCAGCUCGGGCUGGCUGGCUGACGGCAGCGUCCGCUACCCCAUUGUCACCCCGCGGGAACGGUGCGGAGGGAGCCAGCCGGGAGUCAAAACCGUCUUCCAGUUCCGGAACCAGACUGGAUUCCCCGAUGCCCAGAGCAGAUACGACGUGUACUGCUUUCGAGAAGAGACAGACUCUUUCACGGAGUCUCCAGAAAAAUACCGAGCCACUGAGCCCGAGGGGGUCAAGGAGAUUGUUACAGUGACAGACAAGAUGGAGGAGCUGCAGCUGCCCAGAGCGGAAGUGGAGAAUGAGUCGAGAGGGGCUAUAUACGCCGUCCCUCUUUUUCAGGACAUGAGUGACGCUGAGCAGCAAAAGCCAAGCAGUGCCCCCGAAGAGGCAUCAAUUCCUAUCUCCCGGGAAGCCCUGCUAGAUAACUCCGUAUCCUCAGAUCUAGGACUUCACCUGCCAUCACGUUUCCCCGAGAGCCCAGCCAGUCCCGAGGCAGGUCUGAUUAGCAGCGAUGUAAAACCAGGGAGCCCUGCCCCUCCAGCUGAGGAAGGGGAAAAGGGGAGAAUUGGAAAUUGCACAGAGACACCCAGGAAUGAGGAAGAACAUGGAACUGACCCGAAACAAACCUUGAGUUCUUCGUUGGAGGGAGAGAACGUGAGGACUGCUGAAGAGAAGCAGACUCCAGGCAGCAGCCACCAGGGAUCAGAUGGGGUGAAUCUAGUUCUUCCCACUGAGAUGACUCCAGGAGAGCCCCAGUCCAUGGUCCCCCACGCAGAGGUAGAAAUGACUGGUGGAGACAUGACCGCCAGCCCUACAAAUGCGCCAGCGGAAAUCUCACCGAAACUAGCUGGAUCCGGUGAUGCAAUCAAACCCAAUAUGUCUCACGUCCCUGUCAGUUCCCACCAAGAACGCAGAGAGGAGCCCACAGCAGAAGGCAGCUCUGCUGAUGGCUUAGGGGUGGAUUUCAUCCCUGGUUCAUCCCUGGACCUAGAGGUCGUUGCCACGAAGAAGGCGGAUGCUCUGGAGCAGCUGGCUCGCACCACCAGCUCCAGGGGCAUCAAGGAGGACUCUGGGAUGCAAGAGCACUCUCCUACCGUCGCUGCUUCUGCUGCCCCAACUGCGGGGUGGAAGGCAGAAGAUCUCAAAGAACCAGGUCAGCGGCUCUUUACGGAACGUGCCCAGACCUACGCCACACCUCCAAGUGGGCUUGUUUCCGGGAUGAGCAGCACAGGCUUCCCUGACCCGGGCAGACGCCCGGGUGCUUCUGAAGAUACAGAGCUGUCUGGAGAUGUGGCUCUUGGCCCAGUGUGGCCAGAAGGGACCUCAAUGAUUCAGGAUACCCCACUGUCUGCAUCCCCUGGUACGGGAACAUCCGGCCUCCAGGAGAACGAGGAGCACUCGGGUUCUACCUGGCUUCUGCAGCCCGCCGCCCCCCGCUCCCAGACGGAGGACAUCCGCUCUGCCUCCCGACCGGAGGGGACGAUGUUUGCCCUCACCAUUUCGCACACCGAAGUAGGCCAGGUCCACACCGUGCUGCCACCCAGCGGGGAGCCUCCAGCAGAGGACGACAGCCAGACGGUGGGACGCAAGAGGGUGGAGCCGCCCGACUCUGACGCGAGCGGCCCGUUGUCAGGUGAAUCAUCUGAGGAGGAGAAGGCCAUUGAAGAGCAAACUGUUCCCUCCGCGACCCCGGCAAUGGCGGCCAUCUCCCCCACGGGUACUCCUGGAGAACCAGAAGGGGACGGAUGCUCAUCCACCGCCAAGCACGGCCUCACUUCCCCCACUGCAGACGUCUUCAAAGAAGCAUCGGGCCCAGCGUUGGAGGGGAUCCCUUUCACAGACGCCCCUUUGACCACCACCAGCCCUCUCCCCGUCCUGCCAACAGACAGCGCCAGCCUGGGAGCAGGGGUGAACAUUUCAGAUGACUGCAUCCCAAACCCUUGUAUGAAUGGAGGGACCUGCAGCGAAGAAGAAUACCGCAUCAGCUGUAUAUGUCUGCCAGGCUAUGGAGGAGACAUCUGUGAAACAGAUCUGGAGAAGUGCAGCCCAGGCUGGGACAGCUUCCAGGGUUCCUGCUAUAAACAUUUCGCCACCCGAAGGAGCUGGGAGGAUGCAGAAACUCAGUGCCGGCGUUAUGGUGGCCACCUGGCCAACAUCAUGACCCCCGAAGAGCAGAACUUCAUCAACAAUCAGUACAAGGAAUAUCAGUGGAUCGGCUUGAAUGAUCGAACCAUCGAAGGAGAUUUUCAGUGGUCCGAUGGGAGCCCCGUGCUGUAUGAGAACUGGCACCACGGGCAGCCCGACAGCCAUUUCCUGUCCGGAGAAGACUGCGUGGUCAUAGUGUGGCAUAACGGGGGACAGUGGAGUGAUGUGCCUUGCAACUACCACCUGUCCUACACCUGUAAAAUGGGUCUAGUGUCUUGUACCUCCCCGCCCGAGAUAACAAACGCCCACCGAUUUGGCAAACCAAAGCAGCGCUAUGAGAUCAACUCCAUUGUACUGUACCAAUGCCUGGACGGCUUCACCCAGCGCCACUCACCCGUGGUUCGGUGCCAGGAGGACGGCCGGUGGGAGUGGCCGCAGCUCAGCUGCAUUCCGAUUGGACCAAACCCUUGAUGGCUGAGGAUGGACCCAAGAUGGAAGACAUCCCUUCCCAGGGCACUGGGGCCGGUUCUGAAUGGAAAGGGAGCUGGGAAUAUUUUUUUGUAAAACAGUCUGAAAACCAGCAGGAAAAGCAACGAUGCCUUUCUCCCCGUCAUAUUUUUUAUGUAUGUAUAAAGAAAUUCUAAUGACUAAAUAUUCCCUUU